UUUUCCGUCAUGGGAGGUAUAAAGCUGCUGCUCUCAGACCAAACAACACAUACUGCCGGAAGAGUAAAUCAAACACAAUGGCCCAGAUUAGUGGUGCAGCUUUCACGCUUCUGCUGCUUCUGACAGUCAGUCUGUUCUGUCAAGACACUGCUGCUUGGGCAUGUUGCAGGCGAUAUUCCAAAGGACAGCUCCCUGUUCCUUUAAUCAGAGGAUAUUCAAUCCAGACCAUCCAUGCACACUGCAACAUCAAUGCUGUCAUUUUCCACACCUCUGGAGGCAGAAAAGUAUGUGCUGAUCCUUCUCUGCCCUGGGUGACAGACAGCAUCCAGAAACUAACGAAAAGAGUGUGGGCUAUGAAGAAGCAAGAAAAACAGCAGUGAAGAAAGAGAAGCUAAUUUUUUUAAGGCAAUAAUAUAAUAUAUAUAUAUAUAUAUAUAUAUAUAUAUAUAUAUAUAUAUAUAUAUAUAUAUAUAUAUAUAU